AUGGCAAAUCCCUACCAAAUAGUCAUUGAGAUAGAUAAUCCGGACUCGUUGCAGGAAGUUUUUGAAUCUUACAAAAGUGGGCAUUCGUUGGGUAUAUCAUCAAUCAGCGAGGAAUCAGAGGCUGACGAAAACUUGUCAAGAGGUCACGACUGGAGAAAGGGUAAAAUUGGUGUCGGAGGUUUGAAAAUGGAAGAGAAUGGGAAAGUGAUUGUUUCAGAGUUUGUGGGACACGGGACCAUCCACCUAUUCAGGGUUGGCGAAGCGUCAAACGAGGAGGAGGAGUUAAUGAGGAUUCCAGGUGAUAACACAAUGGUAAGCAUUUUAUUUGUUCCAACGUAUUUGUCCGCACAUGACUUACUACACUCAUUCCUUGGAAACCAGGUUGUGACCAAAAUUUCGCAUUUUAGGGUGAUACGCAGUUUCAAAGAAAUGGGGUACAAAUUCAUGCUACUUAUGAAGUUUCGGAAUGCGGUUACGGCUAAGCAAUUCAAGGAGCAAUACGAUGGUCGCGCGUUUAAUGCAUUGGAUCCUGAAACUUGUCAUGUUGUCUUUAUCAAGGAAGUCGUCUUUAGACGAAAUCUCUUUCCCAUAGGUAACGAUAGCGAUUCCUCUUUCCCGUAUCUUUUACACGAUCCGUUCACGAACGUAUCGGCACAUACCUCGGUUGAGCUUCCAAGCUGUCCCGUAUGCUUGGAACGAAUGGACGCCGAAGUCACUGGGCUAGUCACGAUUCCGUGCCAACACACAUUUCAUUGUCAAUGCCUAGAUAAGUGGAAAGAUACAAGAUGCCCGGUUUGUCGCUUUUCUGGAUCUGGAGUAUCGAAUUCGUCCGUUGCUCGCCAGGGCGCGUCGUGCAUUGUAUGCGGUGCUCAGGAUAAUUCCUGGAUCUGUCUUAUUUGCGGCAAUGUUGGAUGUGGUCGCUAUAACUCUAAGCACGCAAUCCAACAUUUUGAAGCUACAGGCCAUUGUUUUGCCAUGGAUGUUACCACGCAGCGCGUAUGGGACUAUGCGGGUGAUAACUAUGUGCAUAGACUGGUUCAAAACGAAGUUGAUGGCAAACUUGUCGAAGUCGGCUCUUCGAGUCGAGAUGGCUUUUCAAAACGGAACAAAGAAUAUCAUUUAGAAUAUGUCCAAGUGCUGGUCUCACAGCUCGAAUCUCAACGGGAAUACUACGAAAGUAAGCUAGAUAUGGCAGUGAAAAAUACUUCGAAUACUUUUAAACAAGAAGAGGCCUCCGCCGCCAUCGAGGCGCUUAGACAACAAGUGAUGGGACUAGAACUUAAGGCGAGUGCUUCCAGCGAUGAGCAUUCACGUAAAUUUCAGAAACUGUACGCCAAACUGGAGGAUGAACGCAGAAAUACCCAAUUAUUGCGUCAACAGCUGAAAGAAGAACAGAUGGUGUCAAGUGCUUUACAGAAAAAUGUCGAGCAUUUUGAAAGAUCAUCGACGAAACUGGAAGAGCAGUACAAAGAAGUUUUAAAUGAGAAAAGUAGCCUGCAGGAACAGGUAACAGAUCUAAUGUUUUAUUUAGAGGCUCGGGAUAAGUUCAAGGAUGCCGAUGAAAACGUCAAACAGGGUACAGUGGUGGUCAAGAAGAAAAAAGGUUCUGGGUCGAAAAGGAAGUGA